AUCAAGGCACAUCGUAUAAUUCUUGUGUCGAAUUCAGAAUACUUUGGUAAUAUGUUACAAGGUGGAUGGAAAGAACAACAUAUGAAAUUAAUACCCAUAAAAGAAACAAGGUUUGAUACAUUUCGUAUGAUUCUUUAUUACCUUUAUUCUGGCAAAUUGAUGGACACAAGUCUUGUUACCCUCUGUGACGUUUUUCGUCAAGGUGACAUGAUGAUGUUGGAUGAUUUGAAGGAUUUAGUAGCAAGGAAGAUGAAAAUGUUGAUAAACGAUGAUACCUGGGAUGAAAUCCUGUUAUUGGCAUGGAAAACAAAAGACUUUCAAUUGAAAAACAUUGGGUUGGAAUACGCGUUUGAUAAUUGGGAAAGGGUGAAAAAAGGAAUGGGUUUAACGCGCUUAUUUGAAACAAGUAUUGUUGAACAAUUAGAAGAAUUGUUUUUUGUAAUUAAUAAAAGAAAAGAGAUGGUGAAAUGGCAAAUUCUUAAUUAG